AUGGGAAUUCGGGCUGGCGGGACUCGGACGUGCGCCAGGGCCAGCGUGGAAAGGUGCCCGCUGCUCCGGCAGUCCCAGGCUCUCCCGCUAUCCCGCGGCCAAUGGGAUACCCGGGAUGCAGCUGGGGAUGUCAUCUCCCGCCUGACGUCGGACACCACCAUCGUGAGCGACCUGGUGUCCCAGAACAUCAACAUCUUCCUGCGCAACGUGGUGAAGGCCACGGGGGUGAUCAUCUUCAUGUUCAGCCUCUCCUGGAAGCUCUCGCUCGUCACCUUCAUGGGCUUCCCCAUCAUCAUGCUGGUGUCCGACGUGUACGGCAAGUACUACAAGUGCUCGCUGCUAGGGCUGUUGCACGAGUACGUUCAGUUGUCCUCACUGACACUUUGGGUCUUUGCUUGCUUCCAGCUGACGCUCCUUGUGGUCCAAGUGAGCAUCCUCUACUACGGGGGACACCUGGUGAUCUCGGGGCAAAUGACAAGUGGAAACCUGAUAUCCUUCAUCAUUUAUGAGUUUGUCUUGGGAGACUGCAUGGAGGUGAGUCCGGCGUAUCCCUCCAGGCUACCUUGUAUUGCCAUGCUAUUUGCCUUGAGUGUGUUCGAGUUCAUCGAUCGCCAGCCGACGAUGGUCAACGACGGCACCCUGGCCCCAGACCACGUGGACGGGCAGGUGGAGUUCAGAAACGUCACCUUCUCCUACCGCACUCGCUCUGCGACCCAGGUGCUUCAGAACGUGUCCUUCACCCUGCACCCUGGCCAAGUGACGGCGCUGGUGGGCCCUUCAGGGAGCGGGAAGAGCUCCUGCGUCAACAUCCUGGAGAACUUCUACCCGCUGCAAGACGGGCAGGUGCUGCUGGACGGGCACCCCAUCGCCACGUAUGACCACAAGUACCUGCACUCCGUGAUCUCCCGGGUGAGCCAGGAGCCGGUACUGUUCGCCCGCUCUAUCGCGGACAACAUCUCCUACGGCUUAACGUCCGCCUCCUUCGAGUCGGUGGUGCAGGCCGCCCAGAAGGCCAACGCGCACGCCUUCAUCACAGAGCUGCAGGACGGCUACCACACAGAGGCAGGUGGAAAAGGCGGGGGCCAGAAGCAGAGAGUGGCUAUUGCCAGGGCCCUGAUCCGAAACCCCCCCAUCCUCAUCCUGGACGAAGCCACGAGCGCGCUGGACACCGAGAGCGAGCAUGCGAUCCAGCAGGCGAUUUACGGCGACUUGCAGAACCACACCGUGCUUGUCAUAGCUCACAGACUGAGCACAGUGGAGAAGGCACACAACAUCGUUGUGCUGGACAAGGGCCGCGUGGUGCAGCAGGGCUCGCACAAGGAGCUCAUGGAAGAAGGAGGCCUUUACUGCAAGCUGGUGCAGAGACAGAUCCUGGGGCUCGAGGCAGGCGGCGCGGACAGCCGCCAGCCCACAGCCCGGGGCGAUUUGAGGAAGGCGCCUGGCGGGCUGUUGGCAGCAGAAGGCUUUGAAAUUGUAGAGUAA